GCCGGGAGAGGCAUCCCGGUCGGUCGGUGGCUGAGGGGGUCGCUGUAUGCGCGGCCAUGUCGACCCUUUUCUACCUCCUCUCCACGCUGGCCGGCUAUCUCCUCACCUCGGCUCUGCUGUUGAAAUUCCCCGGCUUGCUCCACCGGCGCAAACGCCACCGAUUCCGGUGCCGGCACAUCUCCCACCGCGGAGGUGCAGGGGAGAAUCUGGAGAACACGAUGGCGGCAUUUCGUCACGCAGUCAACGUGGGGACCGAUAUGCUGGAACUUGACUGCCAUUUGACCAAGGAUGAACAAGUGGUGGUUUCGCAUGACGAGAAUCUGAAACGGUCGACCGGGGUGGACGUCAAUAUAUCAGACCUCAAAUACUCAGAACUCCCUCCGUAUCUCUGCAAGUUGGAGGUCACUUUCCAGAAAGACUGCCAGUGCGAAGGCGAAGACAAGCGCAUCCCUCUCCUUCAAGAGGUCUUUGAGGCCUUUCCCCACACGCCCGUCAAUGUCGACAUCAAGGUGAAUAAUGACCGGCUGAUUAAAAAGGUUUCCGAGCUGGUGAGCUCUUACAAACGAGAACAUUUGACGGUUUGGGGCAGCGUCAGCCAUGAAGUUGUGGAAAAAUGUCACAAAGAGUUCCUUUCUUUCCCAUCCUGGAGGACUUCCUGGAGAUCCCCAUGCCUUCCAUUAUUCUCAAGCUGAAAGAAUCGGAGAAGAUUUCAAAGGGCCAGCGAUUCACCAUAUGGCUUAUUGACGU